GCUGGUACAAUUGUACAAAACUGUUGCAAACUAGCUGCCGUCAAGUAUUUGCAAUUUUUUAUUCUUUUUAUGCCUGCGCCACAGCUGUUUUAAUUGCUCGUUUUACUGCUUAUUCGGAUUGUAAAUUUCUUCAAUCUUGCAAGCUAGAUUUAGGAACGAUGAGUCACCACUCUGCAGACCAGAAAUUGCAGUGAUUUCUGAAGAUAUCAGCUUUUAAUGUCGAAUCAUAUCCGAUACCUUUGAGUGUUGUUCGAUAUCCGAUACUUCGAAGUUCGAAGCAGCGAGUUUAUCUUUUGCCAUAUGCUGUUACACAGCUGAAGUCAGAUAAUUGUCUAAUAAGUACUUGAUAGAGAAAAAAGGGAAAAUUUUAAAAUGGUCUUUUAAAUAUUGACGACGAACGUGAGUGCGUGCUUCACUGUACUGUUACUCCACCCGCACAUUGUUGCUGUUGUUAGUCGUAUUCCGCAUUUCCGAUUUAUUAUUCUUUUUUUUUGGUGAACGGUUGCAAUGUUCUGGUGGAUCAAGUGGAACCUGCAUAUGGCAGACUAAGGGAAGCACGCUGUGGCUACAUCGACGGGAAUUCUAAUUCAGUAAUUACCGACAAUUGUGAAAUUGCUAAUAGCUUUCAUCAUUAAGAACCUGCGCGACAUUGGGUGGCCUGCCAACAAAAAAUGCCGUAAUCUUCCCUGCGUUAUUGGGACCGCGAUCUUGUUGGCACAUUGAUGGUGCGUGUUCGAAGAAGUCGGUUUCUGAAGGGUGUCCGUUCGGCCAUGGCCAAACGAUUCAGUGGUCGUUUAUACACAGCAGAACGUCGGGUCAGAGAGGCGCAACAUCACAGCGAUCCUUCGUCGUGCUGCAAACCUGAAGUAACCAUCUUCGCCACACCGAAAAACCAUGAAAUCACUUUGGAAUGUCAUUCUGUUAAGCGCCUUAAGGAGAAGGAGCCACACAUUGUCGAAUGGAUGUUUAGUUUAACGGAGCAGAACAUGAAGUCUUUAUACGAGUCGUGCGCAUGGGGCUGGAAUCCAACGGCGAAAUACAAGGAAAUGACAGAAUCUGGUGCGUGGUAUCUCAUCGCCAAAGACUACAAAAAUUCCUCCCUGGCAGGUUUCUGUCAUUUUCGAUUUGUUAUCGAUUACGGCGUAGAAGUGCUCUACUGCUACGAGCUGCAAGUCGAGCAGCAAUACCGUUCUGAAAAAAUUGGCAGCAAAAUUAUGCUCAUGCUGGAAACGAUGUCUGCUCACUGGAAAAUGAAGAAAGUUGUGCUCACUGUGCUACGUCAUAACCCACGAGCGAUUCGUUUUUAUAUGGAUCUGGGAUAUACGUUUGAUGAAACUUCGCCGUCCUGCGAGGAACCCGAACCUCAUUAUAUUUUCAGUAAGCCCACUUUAGCGAACUGAUUAAUCCUGGUAAUGCAUGCUCCCUCUUUAAAUGCAGUUGUAUUGUGUUUUGAUUGCUGUGGCACUCACGUAUGAUGGGCAAAUUUUUGCACAGUCCCAGUUUUCAACGCAGUUGUCUUUAUUCAAAUCGAUGGUUGUAUAGAAUGUGUAACAGAACGACAAUUAAUAAAAAUACACGGUUUAUUCUUCCUGGCCGAUCUUUUUCUUAUGUUGGACUUUCUUUUGCUGAACCCGAUUUUGUCGCUCUGCCUUGGACAAUUUCGCACGAUU